UCUCUCUCUAAUAUCUCUCAGUUAUUUCAUCUUAUUUCUUUUUUUCUUUGGUAAGAAUUUCUUCUUAUUCUUCUCAUAUACCCAUAACGUUAAAACUGUGCCAUCUCAUGGAUAAGCAUCUUAGGACGAAGCAAACCAAGACCAACCCUAUUCUUACUUCUUCAUCUGAAGAAGUGAGUAGUCUUGAGUGGCAAGCUGUGAACAUGAAUCAAGAAGAAGAGGAUUUGGUCCGUAGAAUGCAUAAGCUUGUCGGUGACAGGUGGGAGUUGAUAGCUGGGAGGAUCCCAGGAAGAACGGCAGCAGAAAUUGAGAGGUUUUGGGUCAUGAAGUAUAAUUGAAUGUGUUACAAAAUAAAAGUAUAAUUGAAUUCUCUGAAGUUUCACUGAUUGUCUCUUAAUUUUACUUGCCAACUUUGUAAUAAUGAAGUUUUCUUAAAAUAAACCAUUUAAAUUUUUGGCC